AUGUCACAAAAAUUAGCGGCACCAACACGCUUGAAGCCAGAAAUUCGGCUAGCGCAGGCGAUUUCCCUGUUCGAAGCUGACCUCUCCGACAACCAAAAAUUAGCGUUCCAGAAUGAAAAGGCUCGAUUCUAUGGAGCGCCUCCCAGAACACAAGAUGUCUUGCGUCUCACGGCAGAGAUAGACCAAAUUGCAUUGGUGUCUACGCGACGUUGCUUUGGGGCCCGGAUGAUGAACGUUCUCGAAGCCGUUCAACAGUUCGCGGCGCUGGGCGACAUAAUUGUUGGUGGCUCCCAGAACCUGAUUGCUUGUGGUGUUUGGACGGUUGUCAGGUCGUCAUUAUUGCUCGUGACAAAGAAUUCUUCUUAUCUUGAGAGAUUAUCGACACUGUUCAUGAUCGCUGGCCGGUCUGCACCCCGUUAUGAGAAAAUGGCUCUUCUUUACCCGGGCUCCAAGAACUUGCAGUCCUACAUGUGCGACUACUUCAUCACACUCGUGCAGGUAUGUCACAAAAUUUUGAGAUUCACCAAAAAGUCGACUUUUGGCCAGCUCAAAGCAGCCUGGAAUGAGGGAGAGCUUCAUUCUUUUCAAUUGAAUCUAGAGCGCUGGGCCGCGAGUAUCAAGGAAGAGGUGACCCUGCUGAUGGCCGAGAAAAUUGAGAAUGAGGCCGUCAAAACAUCCAAAUUUCAGAAUGCUUUAUGGAAAAAAAUCAUUAAGUCAGACGAUGACAUACUUCAAGCGAAAAUCAAUGCUCGGCUUCAAGUAUUGAACUUUUGCUCACAAUUCGACCACACGGUUAUCUGGAAACAGACUCGAAAGGCGGGAACUACAAUUCUCUUUCGCGACAGUCCAGAGUAUAUUGCCUGGAAAGACCCGGCUCUCUCCUGCAUCUCCUGCUCACUCGUAUAUACGGGCAAGCUGGGAUCUGGAAAAUCAGUCGUUUUGGCCAAUAUUGUUGAGGAUCUGCAUCUUCAAUCCGACGUCCUGGUGGCAUAUUUCUUUUGCCGACACGAUGUUGCCAAAUCACUCAAAGCUCGCACGGUGAUCGGAUCACUCAAUAGACAAAUACUGAGUGGGGUUCAAGACCUUACGCCAGUAGCAGAGGCUCUAAAUCAAUGCGUGGAAUUAGAUGAAUUCGAAAAGAUGACAUCUCUACUCGAGCGUGCAUUCCCAUCCGGCACGUUACAAUGUUUCAUGGUUGUCGAUGGUCUCGACGAUCUAGACAAGUCUGAACGGCUUAAACUAAUAACAGAACUAUCAAAGCUUCAAGAAAGGUUCCACAUACGUCUUUGCGGGUCUUUCCGUUCCGAUCCAACAAGCUAUGACCGCAAUAUCGACUCGGUGGGUUUUAGCUCCGCCACUGUGAUGCCAAUUCCAGACAAUAGUUCCGAGAUUCAAGGUUAUAUCCUAGAAGAGCUAGAAACCUGUCUUGAAGCACAGAAGCUAGUUAUGAGAGACCCUACACUCAUCUUAGAAAUUCGAGAUGCGCUUUUCCACGGAUCCCAGGGCAUGUUUCUUUGGGUUGCUCUACAGAUCGAAACACUGUGCAUGAUGAAAACCGACUUUGAGCUCCGUCAAGCGCUACAAGACUUCCCUAAAGAUCUAGCCGGAACAUUUUCUCGUGUUUUAGAUCGGCUUGAUUGGAAAGAGCCAUCUCAACAGGGAUCAAUCCUCAAGCUGGUAAUUGCUGCUCAGCGUCCUUUAACAGUGCACGAGUUGCAGGAGGCAUUAAGUGUUGUUCUAGGUAAUACAGAAUGGGACCCUUCAAAAAGUCUCAACAAUAUCUAUACCACUCUGGCAAGCUGUGGUUGUCUCAUCAACAUCGACGAAGAAGAACUGACAGCACGACUCGUUCAUCCAAGUCUGGAACAAUUUCUUUUGGAUUCUCCUGAACAGACAAAAGAAGCGCCAUUGAGUCUUACAUUAGGAACUGCGCAUCAAUAUAUGGUCGAUAUCAUCUUCACGUACCUCAACUACAAUGUGUUCGAUAGACAACUGUCUCGAACCGUCAUUCCGCGAAUGAACGCCAGUGCGGCAACAUCCACCAUUUUGCAGUCUACCUUUUCAUCCACCAGUGUCCGACACCUCGCCAUCAAGUUACUCAAAGGCAAAUCCCAAUCUGGCGUUGAUAUUGGUAAAACGCUUGCCCAGGCUCGUUCCCCCUAUCACGAUCAAGCAAAUCACAUUUUCUCUUUCCACUCAUACGCAAUCUCUUAUUGGCACUCUCAUUUCGCUCGUACGACCGAGAAACAUGGCAGCACUCAUGAAUUACUUGUCAAGCUCUUCAAGACCAGAGAACUUGAUGCGAAUGCAUUGGACGAUGACGGCUUUACACCAUUAAUGUUGGCAUCGGUACAGGGGAAUGCCAACGCCGUGAGAUUCUAUCUCACACUGAACAAGGUGGAUGUCAAUGCGAAGUCUGAAUCAGGUCUCACGGCGCUCCAUCUGGCUCUAAUUCACAAGAAGUACCAAACUUGUAGAGCAAUAUUGGGAUGUUCCACGAGGCCUGUCAAUAUCACUGAUAAAGAAGGUCGAACACUGUUGAUCUUUGCAGCCGAGCAAGGCGAUACAGAGAUAUUUGAAACACUUGCACACCAUCAUGCUUAUCCUGGCUUUACGCUUCCAGUGCCUGGGGGGCUUAAUUGCGUCAAUAGUGAUGGAGAAACGGCAUUACAUAUUGCUUCCCGUCUGGGAUUUUUUACUAUGGUUGUGGUUCUCCUUGCCUUCAAGCAGGUGGAUGUCAAUGCCAAGGAUGCGAACGGAAACACGCCUUUGCAUAAAGCGAUUCAAAGUGAACAAGAGGAAAUCGUCGAACAACUGCUCAUGUGUGAUCGAGUGAAUGUGAAUGCGGAGAAUCACUAUGGACGGAACGCAUUGUCCAUGACUAUUAAUUCCCGGAAUGAGGAUAUAGCUCGGCUUCUGUGGUUUUCUCGCUUGGAUGGAGGGUCUAAAGAUAGAUUGAAGCAGACAGGACUGUACACCUCCCCACGACACACAAUUUAA